AGACAAAAAGGGAACGAAAUGGCGAUCGCAUUUAAUAUUGCGAUCUGUUCAAUAUUUUUACUGGGUAUUGUGGUAGCCACCAAGACUCAGAAAUGGGUUCCAUAUGCAGAUUCUCUAGAUGAAAAUCAGGGAUUGGAUGAGCAGUCACAGUUGCAGUCACAAUCACAGAUUCAGAGUCAAGGGACGUCACAAUCACAAAGUCAAGCUCAAAUUCAAUCACAGCCUGAACCAAGAUCAUGUUUACAGUGUCAGCAAGCUAGUUACCAACAAUACAUUGCACAGAUAGACAUCGAGAUUGACGCCAAGCUGGACACGCCCAAACUGAUCUCAAAAUAUGGACAUCAAGCAGAGACCCAUUACGCAUUCACUGCCGACGGCUACAAGCUCUGCCUACAUCGAAUUCCGCGAUCUGGAGCCACACCCGUCCUAUUGGUACAUGGCCUGAUGGCCAGCUCGGCCACCUGGGUGCAGUUCGGUCCAUCCCAAGGUCUGGCCUACAUCCUGUCCCAAAGCGGGUACGACGUCUGGAUGUUGAACACCAGAGGUAACGUCUACUCGGAGGAGCGCCUGGCCGGUCGGGAGAGCGACAAGGUCUUCUGGGACUUCUCUUUCCACGAGAUCGGGCAGUACGAUCUACCGCUGCAGACCAAAAUGCCGAGCAUCCAGUACAUUGGUCACUCGCAGGGAUCCACGGCCUUCUUUGUGAUGUGCAGUGAAAGGCCUGACUAUGUAGGCAAGAUCUCAUUGAUGCAGUCCCUCUCGCCAUCAGUUUAUAUGGAAGAAACACGCAGUCCGGCCCUCAAGUUUAUGAAACUUUUUUCUGGUGGCUUCACAAUGUUGUUGAAUCUCCUAGGCGGCCACAAGAUCUCUCUGAAGAACAAGAUCGUUGACAUGUUCCGUAACCACAUCUGCAACAAACUUAUCCCCAGCCGCAUCUGUGCCAUCUUUGAAUUUGUGGUGUGCGGAUUUAACAUCAACAGCUUCAAUAUGACGCUAUCGCCCAUUUUGGAAGGUCACGCCUCGCAGGGAAGCUCCGCUAAACAGAUCUAUCAUUUCGCCCAAAUGCAGGGCAAGUCUGAGUUCCAAAAGUACGACUACGGGCUUAUUCUGAAUAAGCUACGCUACAAGUCCAUAUUCCCCCCAACUUACAACCUUUCCCUGGCACUGGGCAAGGUGGCCCUUCACCGCGGAGAUGGCGACUGGUUGGGAUCGGAAUCGGAUGUCCUUCGACUGGAGCGUGACCUGCCCAACUGCAUAGAAAACAGGAACAUUCGCUUCGAAGGAUUCUCUCAUUUCGAUUUCACGAUCUCCAAGGACGCUCGAUCCUUGGUCUACGAUCGCGUAAUCGGUCUGUGUGGUUCUAAUCGUUAAUAGCUUAGAUAACAAAUUGUACUCUUAGCUUACAACUGAAAUUUAAGCUGCUUUGCUUAGCACAGAAUAUUAUGAAUACAAAAAUAAAGAUA